AUCUCAACCUCAUAUGUAACCAAUCCAGCAGAUGACUGCCCCAGGCAGCAAGAACAGAGGCUGCUUCCAGUGUUCCAAACGCCGCAUAAUCUGCGACUUCGGCGAACCGACGUGCAAAAAGUGCCAGAAAAAGGGCAUCGAGUGUUCCGGCCCCGGGCGGUUUCGGUUUACAGAGGGAGUCGCGAGACGGGGGAAGUUGAAGGGAUGUUCGAUUCCUGUUGCGGAUGGGGCGGAGGAGGUAGCGUUUCAGGCGCAGGAGAGGGUUGUGCCGGCGAGGAUUCGGUGGAGGGAUGAGAGGCCGAAGACGAUAAGGAAUAAGAAUCGGAAUAAGGAUAAGCAGAUUGAUGGAGGGCAAGAUGGUGAUGUUGAAGUCGUGCCUCGUGUUCAUGAAGAGAACAUGUCGAUUGCGCCGUGGAUUCCUCAAUUGAAUCCGCAGACUCGCAUGUUCUUUUCGCACUUCGCAUUAGAAGUCGCCCCCGUCAUGGUCAUCCUGGACAACAUCUCCAAUGGCUAUCGCGACGUCCUCCUCCCCAUGGCCUGUCAAGAUGAAGUCCUCCAGCGCGCCAUCAACACCGUCGCUGCCCAGCAUCUCGCCGGAAAACAACCCCAUCUCCAAUCCGCUGCAGACGCAGAUCGCGCUGUUAUUAUAUCGCGCCUUCGACAGGAUUCCCUACAAGCAUCGCCCGAUCGCGUAUUCAACUUGUCGACAUGGGCUACGUUGAUUGUCCUACUCGUUGGGGAAACCAUCACAGGCAGUUCCGAAUAUAGUCAUUUACUACAUAUCCUGAUGUGUUUGGCGCAGAAUAUCGGGCAGCUGCAGCAGAGCCCUGCAAAUGCGUUUCUCAUGCAGCAAACUCAUAUGUUCCAAUUUCUGGGUCAGCCACUUCUAGGCGAAACACAUGGCAUCCACGCUCUUGGACUCCCUAUCGAACGGUAUCUCGACUGGAUGGUUUACGAUCUCCCACCAGACUCAGAACACCUCCACGUUCUGCAUUUAUCACGACUUGCAUUCAUGAAAGCAUCUCAGAUCUACCUUGGUCGAGCAACAAGCAAUCAAGACCAAUGGGAGCUGCUCGAAAGUCUGAAACAGCUUAUCAGCCAGAUAGACCCUGAUGCACCUGGCUCGCAUGCUUUGGUAUGGGUAUGUUUUAUCGCAGCAGCGGAUAGCACUGACCCCGAGCAUCGACGCUUCUUCACCGACAGAAUGCAGAUGGUGUUUGACAAGACAAGGUUCCGGAAUAUCUGUAUGGCGGUUGAUUCACUACCUGCUAUAUGGUCCCAACAGGGCAAAGGAAGAUGGACAGAAGAGUUGAUUCGACUGUCUCCCACAUUGAUUAUGUGAUUUGUAUAUUAAAAGCUAAUGGUAAUUCAACAUCCUUAUGUCCGGGCUGACAGUAUCUGUACUCUGGACAGUGAGAGCAGCAGCAUCCUGGGCAAACUGGAUUGAAUCCUCAUCAAUUCCACCAUGACUCUGACUUCGGACGAGUUUCGCAAUCAGAGCACCGUUGAACGUAUCCCCAGCUCCGUUGACGCUGACCACGUCUUCUUCGCCGACAACAGUACGUGGAUAGAAAUGGUGUAAAGAAACAGCAGCAGGUGAUGUACCAUUCCGCACAAUCGUCGCCAGUAAGCAGCCAUUCUUAUCGAGCGUAGUCAAGAUCGUUGGUAGAUACUGCAGGAGUGCGAUAGACUGUUGAAUGGCGCGUGGGAGACGAGAGUAUAUAAGGUUAUGCGAAACCGACUGCUUCAAGGU